ACGGACAAUGCCUCCUGCGCAAGGCCAACAUGACGCCACCUUGUGUGCUGAAUCACCGGCGCCCCCCUUAUCCUUUGGGGACCUGCUAGAAAAGGUGGGCAGCAUGGGGCCCUUCCAGCUCUUCUCAGUCAUCCUCGUCUCCUUGCCCGUCUUGCUUCUUGCCAGCCACAACCUGGUGCAGAACUUCAGCGCUGCUACACCGGAGCACCAAUGCCGCCUCCUGCCGCCUCCGUCAAACGCCUCCCAGAAUGGGCACCUUCUCCAGUCUCUCCACCAGAACAUCCAGCCUGACAGCUGCCAGCGGGUUGUCUUGCACUGGGCUCUGGACCCCAACCGCUCCUUGGAUGGAGAGAUGGAGACAACGCCCUGCCUUGACGGCUGGCAGUAUGACAACAGCACCUUCAUCUCCACCAUCGUCACCGAGUGGGACCUUGUAUGUAAGCUGAAGCCCCUCAAGACCCUGGCACAGUCCCUUUACAUGGCAGGCGUUGUGGUCGGUGCCUUCGUUCUCGGCGAUCUCUCCGACAGGUUUGGACGCAGGCUGAUUCUCAUCUGGUCGCUGCUGCUGGUCGCCGUGACGGGCAGUGGAGCGGCCUGCUCUGACAGCUUUGCCACUUACUGCGCCCUUCGCUUCCUGAGCGGGGUGGGCAUCUCCGGGUUCCUGAUGAACCACGUCUGCCUCGGUCUUGAGUGGGUGCCCACCAAACAUCGGGCAACAGUGGUAUCCGCACAGAGUUACUGCGCCACAGCCGGGCAGGUGGUCCUGGCAGGCCUGGCUUACGGCAUGCGUAGCUGGCGCUGGCUGCAGCUGGCCAUCUCCGCCCCGUUCUUCUGCUUCUUUGCCUACUCUUGGUGUCUGUCGGAAUCACCGAGGUGGCUCCUUGUCAACAACAAGCGUGAAGCUGCCCUGCGAAACCUGAAACUCAUGGCCAGGGUCAACGGGAGGAAAGCGGCCGGAGAGGCCAUGGCCCUAGAGAUGUUGGAGAUACAAAGAGGGAGCAGCUCUCCAGGUUCUCACUCCUGCUUAGACCUCUUCCGCACACCUGGCCUGAGAAGCAUCACUGUCUGUCUCAUGCUUAUCAGCUUCUCCAUUAACAUGGCAUUCUUUGGCUUGUCCAUGGACCUCUCUGUGUUCGGCCUCAACAUCUUCCUGGUGCAGCUGUUCUUCGGGGCGACGGAUCUGGUGGCUAAGAUGGGUUGCGCCUUGAUGCUGACCUUGCUUGGCCGACGUACCCUCCAAGUCGCCUCCCUCCUCUUUGCUGGAAUUCUCCUCCUGGUCAGCCUUCCCGUGCCCUCUGACAUGUUGACGGCGAGGCUGGUCCUCGUGGUGCUGGGUAAGGGGGGCCUUGCAGCCUCCUCCAUGUGCCUCAGUCUCUACGGUGGGGAGCUCUUCCCGACAGUCAUCAGGCAAACGGGCAUCAGCUUCAUCACUAUGAUGGCUCGCUUGGGUGGCCUCGUAGCCCCGCUGAUACUGAUGACUGGCGACUCCCACCCUUUCUUGCCUCUAGUGAUCUUCGGCGCCACUCCCAUCAUCUCUGGCAUUUCCGCCCUCUUCCUUCCAGAAACACUAGACACCCCUCUCCCGGACACGGUUGAACAAGUUGAAGACAGGUAAGCUCCCCCACCCCUAUAGUGGCAAAAAGGUUUAAUAGCACACACACUUGUGGCUUACGCCUGUGACGGUGGGUGGGGUGGAAAGACACGGUGGGCAGAGCGGGAGCAAAAGUGGAUAUUCAUGAAAUCAGAGAGAGAGAGAGAGAGUGAGAGAGAAAGAGAUGCAACAAAGCAAGCACUCACACAUAGACCUACCAGUGGGUACUAACUCAAACACUGACUCAACCCCUAUGGUGCCACUUAUACAUAUA